AUGGAAGGAAACAAUUUAAUUGGUCAUCGUCGCCGUAACCCUGAAACAAAUGUAAUCGAAGAUCACUCACCCGCCACCGCCUCAACGUCGACCGGCACAGCCAACAGCGGCGGUCGAGGUUUCCGCCGCUACAGAAGGAUCAGCGACGAAGGAAGAGGAGGAGGAGAAGAAGAAGGAGAUAUAGGGAACAGAGAGCGCAGAGAAGUUUGGGGCGCCCUUGCAGAGAAGUUCAAUCAGGUUCAGAUGAUUUUAGAUCGGAAUCGAGUUCUGAUUAAGCAGGUGAACGAAAAUCAAGAAUCGAUGAUUCAUGAGAAUCUGGUGAAGAACGUUGCAAUGAUUCAGGAGAUUAACUCGAAUAUAUCGACGGUCGCUUCUCUUUAUUCAGAUCUCUCUGCUAAUUUUUCCAAUUCGCUUCAGCACCAUCACCACCUAAGAGAAAAUAGUGGCGCCAGUGGCAGUAAGUAA